AUGGUUGACCGCGUGGAUUGCGCAGGCCUAUACAUUGACGACCGAGUGCGGUCGGAGAGAUGGGUGCGCAGAAAUUCUAUCGAUGCUUCAACAAUAUCGUCCGCGGGUUCCUUUGCAACCCCCGAAGAACCAGAGGCCCUACAGGCAGACGUGGAGCAGCUGUUGUUAGUAUGCAAACAAGUCUAUCUCUGCCACAAUGGUUCCUCCUUUGCCGCCAAGCUAGCCGAGCUUACCGACCGGUCGGGCAGCGAGUGUGACCCGAUUUUUGCAUUUUUCGAGGUGGAUUUUAGUGGAGAAGAAUCGAACCUGGCUCGUCGAAAAGCCAGUCGUGCCUCGUGGGCAGACAACGCUCCUCCGUCACCGAGCUCCAUCCACCGCGCGUUCACAUUUUCAACACAGUCCGAUGAAGCAAGGGGCUUGUCUCUUUUAUCGGGUGUUUCGAACGACAUCCAGGCCCAAGAGGGCCCGAAUUUGGUCAUCCCAAUUGCUAUUUUGCGUCUUCCUCCUACCGAUGCGUUCAGCAACAAUGCGGCUACCGGUCCUACCAGUCACCCAGAUCCCCCAGGACCUCUCACGGUGGAGUACAAACAGAUUGCCCGCUGUCUUGAUGCCGGUGCUAUGGAUGUCUUGACUGCCCCGCUAGAUCGGUCGCGGAUUCAAGGGCUUGUGGUUCAUGCCUACCGUACCCGGAAAGCGGCCCAGAGAGAGAUGUCCCGAUUUCUCGCACGAAGAAAGCAACGAAAGCUUUCUUGGGUUGGUGUGCAUGAUGAGCAGCCGUAUUCUUAUCUAAGAGAAGCCAUGGUUUCAAAGCUCAUGAAAGGAAUUUGCAACCCAGAAGAAGUCAUUCAUGAUGAAUUCCAGGAGCUGGAUCUCAAUCUUGAUCCCGCGCGUAUCCCUUUCAUCAAAGAGCAGGUAGGCAGUUGGAAAUUCUGCGCUCAUCAGUUUACCGAGGACGAACUGGUCUUUGGCGCUUGUGAGAUGAUACAGCAUGCUUUCACCAUGCCAGGACUGGACCCUUGGCGGUUGACCCCCGAUGAAUUGCAAACCUUCCUUCUCGCUUGCCGCGCCGCGUAUAAUUCCUUCGUGCUUUACCACAAUUUCCGCCAUGCGAUUGAUGUGCUGCAAUCCGUCUUUUCCUUCCUACUACAAAUUGGUGCGUUGCCUCCAUAUGAAUCCACUGGUCAAUCUCCUGUCCCUGAAACUCCCAUCACCUCCCUUCUCACGCCAUUCGACACCCUUACUCUCCUUAUCUCAGCCAUUGGUCAUGAUGUUGGCCACCCAGGCGUCAACAAUUUCUUCCUUGUAAAACUCAACGCACCCCUUGCACAGCUCUACAACGACAAUUCCGUCUUGGAGGCGUUCCACUGCGCCGCGUUUUCUCAAAUUUUGCGUCGGCAUUGGCCUGCGGCAUUCAAGGACAAUCAGCUGCGAAAGCUUCUGAUCAGUUCCAUCCUGGCCACUGACAUGGGCGUGCACCAGAAGUUCAUGCAGCGAAUGGGCUCCUUCCAAGAACGGUUCUACGAAAACCACCGAUCUGUUGAUGGCUGGAAGCCACAAGAUGUGGACAUGUACAAGACUCUUAUUUGUGGGUUAUUGAUUAAAUGCGCCGAUAUCAGCAACGUGGCUCGACCCUGGAAAGUUGCAAAGAAGUGGACGCAGAUACUGCAAGAGGAAUUCGCCAACCAGGGUGAGAUGGAAAGGGAGGUUGGAAUGGAAACCGCCCUGUUUGGCGGGCCACCCGAAUUAGGCAACAUCUACAAAUUGGCUACUGGUCAAAUUGGAUUCAUGUCAAUUUUUGCCCUGCCGCUCUUCGAAGGCAUUUCCGACCUUCUGCCGCAGUUGCAUUUCACUACAGACCAUAUCCGUCGCAAUCAGGCACAGUGGCAAGAACUUUCUAACGAGGAGCUGAAGAAGCAAGGUCUUCCGAUUGAAAAACGGCCCGAGAUCACUGUUUCGCCUCGCUCCCACAGCCCCGAACCCCCUGAAAGGCCGCCCGUCGAUUCAGGCGAUGGCGCAGCGGAUAGAGUCAAAUAUUCCAUGAGUCCAGACUCGGGCGAGUUCAACGAAAACAAUCUUGAACCGGUUGUGUCGCCCGAUACCGCAGGUCCUCAGAUUGAGAUCACCGGAAGUCCCCUUGCGCUGGCGACUGCAUCUCGGAAGUCUUCUAGCGCCAUGCCGGACCUUUCUAGAUUCUCUAUUCCAGGAAUGCCAGAGUCUACCCGUGGGUCUCUUACAACACAGCUACAUCACCCUCCUUCAGAAACAAGCCCUGUUACCGAUGAUCCGGCUCUUCUAGCCGCCGUCUUGUAUGCCAACUCCGCCUGCGGUGGUGGUUCUGCUGCAGGACCAGUGGAGCGUAAUCAUGCGUCUGGGGCUGCCGAGAGACUAAGCAACUCCCGCCAAGGUCUUCCACAUGGUUCUCAACGCGGCUCCCAACGUCACCAUAUGCACAACAGUUCGUCUGCUCGAACGGGCUCAAAUCGCAAUAGUUGCACACGGACGCAAAGCAUCUAUAGCAACAUCAUGUCACCGAGAUCUCCUGCAACUAAUACCUCGAGCUAUUUGGCUGUAGAUAGCGGCGAUGAAAAGCGAGGCUCUGGGGAUAGUGCCGCGCCAAGUGAUCUUGGAGGGCUGGACAACAAUAGUACACGUCCGAGCACAGCGGACGUGUACCCUUCAAAUUUAUCGGAGCCCGCAGGCGGUUACAGCCCCGGUCGUAGCUCUAUCAUCGCUCGCGGUCAAACUCGAUCCGCAGAUGGUACCGGUAAAGACUUCUCUAGGCUGGGACCUCACGGAACCCGCAGCACGACCCAUUCGACGAUUACGGGUGAAAGCAUCAAAAACGAACCUCCGCCAGUGGAUGACUCUCAAGGUACCCGCAGACUUCCUAAGAAGAGGAGUCGGCUUCGACUUGCUUUCUGGAAACGUCGCAACCAUUCGCAUGAGGUCCGCGGUGAGACCUGA